GUCCUUCCUGCAGGAUCUUGUCCGCAAGGCGGUCAUCAAGCUGAAGUCGUCAGUGCCAAGCGGCGACGCCAAUGAUGUAGCAGAAUUUCUUGCGGGUCAACUUGCGUCAGCGGCAAAGGCUGCGUCGUCCGGAAGCCAGGCUCCUGGCGCUAGGUCAGUGAACCUCAUGAUGACACCGCAAUCCGCAGCCUCUGUCAAGAAAUGGGCGGCAUUGAACAACAACGCAGACACCCAAGCACACGCAGCCUUCGCGUCCGUCGCAGAGGACGUGCCGAAGAAGCUCGGCUUGCUCAAGGGCGACACUCCAUUCUCAGACAGUGCGUUGGACGCCUUGCGUGAUUUGACGCUUGGCGACCUUGUUUGGACGAUGGCAGAUGCCAUCUACGAGCGCAUUCCAGUAGCGGUCCCCAGUCUUGCCACGGCAGUCGUCCUGAAAUUUGCGGAGCAUGACGCAUUGACGCCGGAUGCAAGAGAGGUGCGUGGUGCAGCGGUGCCAGCAUAUUGCAGUUUCCUCUGCGUGACGGAGAGCGCUGAGAGUGAGGACCAGAUCCCAGAGUCCCAGCGACUGAAGCCUAACAAU